AUGCUUUGGUCGCUUCAAGCACCGCACGCGGCAGUCAUGGUCAAGCCCACGCCGUGCCUCAUUGAUGGUUGCCCUUCCACCUCCACCAACAAGCAUACGCAGUAUACCCUCGCAUACCUACCGCAGUACUCCAUGCCGCCCAGUAUCAACUACCCUGCUGGGCUGGAGACACUUUUGCCGCUGGAUCGCCAAUGGCCGGCCCAUCACCAUCACUUUCACCCAUCCCAUCCCAUCCAUACCACCAUGUGCUGGCUCGUGGCUUUGGGUUUGGCUGUGCGCCUGCCCGCCUGUCCAUCACCGUCUGGGAUGACGAGAAACACCACCCUCUUCCGACUGGUCCCCGCCGCCCGGAGCCCGUCCUUUGGCCUGACAGCCCUGUCCUUUCAUCCCGAUCCCUUCCUUCGGUGA